GUAGUCCCCCCUAAGGAAAUCCCACUUGUUCAACAUUGGAAUGAUGAACAAGUGACUGAACGUCUGGUUUCCGAAGAGAAGAUGGGUUUUGGGGUAGCUUUGGUUGAUAUAACCAGCUAUCCCGUGUCUAAGACUUUUGCUGAUUUGUUAGGGGGUCUUAACCCUAUCAAACUCGAGGUUCCUGAAGCUUCUGCUGCUCCUGAAGCUUCUGCUGCUCCUUCUGCUUCUCCUGCUCCUUCUGCUUCUGCUGCUCGUGCUGCUUCUGGUGCUCCUGCUGCUUCUGCUAAAGCUUCGGAAGGUGCACCGGGUAAUUCGCAAGCUGAUCGAAGCAGGAUUAUUGAGUUUCAAAUUCCGGAAAGUGCUCAAACAGAUGCUGAAAUUCAAGCUACCUGCGAUGAUGAGUUGCAAUUGGCAAUGAGAAUAUAUUGUCGCGAUUUAUAUGUUGUGUCCAGUUUCCAUAAGGACCGUAUAAAUUUGUUAAAGAGUCGGCGACAAGAAUUAUCAGACAGUCCAGGAUACAGUGAUCCUGUGUUUUUGGAGAUAAUUGACUCAAUUGUUGCCUAUGCUGAACACUUGAGAAAUGAAAAUAAUGUUGUUGAUGAUAAUGCUCCUUCUCAAGCUGUUGAUGGUGCUGCUGACAAGGGGCCAAUUCAGGAGAAUGUUGGUGCUGCUGACAAGGGUUCUGGUGAUAAUGGACCUGGUGAUAAAGGGCCAAUUGAGAAAAAUGUUGAAGGUUCUGGAAAUGUUGCUCCCCAAGAUGCUGAACCUGAACGAGAAGCUAGGAGUUUCUAUAGCAGUCUUCCCAUUGGUUCUGCUACAGAAGAAGUCUUCUGCUUAUCUGAGUUAAUGGAGAGAUUUCCGAAGACCCUCGGUCGUCUGAGGAGACUGGAAAAAGAAGUAAUUGACUUCUGUUUCUUGGAUGAUGAGGCACUUGAUCAACAGUAAGUUAACAAUUAGUUAACUAUAUAUGUCAUUUAGUUGAGAUUUUUACAUAAUUUAAUAUUUUCCUUAUUUAUUUGUUUUAAUUUUUGUGUAACAGGGCU